UCCGCCCAUACAGGAAGUAGAAAUAAAAACAUAAGAAGGUUAAAGGGGAACUAUUAGUACCUCGAGCUUUUGAUUUCUCCGUCCGCUUACCAGUAAGUUACUUAACUGUAAAUGAACAGGGGUCGCACAUUAGGAAAAACAACGCGAUAGGAAACAUUUGUUAAUGGGAAUAACCAGGAAGCUUGCUACUAAGUUACUAAGUUAUCAGAGUUCAAUUAGACACCAACACAAGGAAAUAAUGUCACGACGACUUCAUGCACGCAGAACAGACGGUGUGGAUAAAAACAUCUGGGUUGAAUUCACACAACUGGCAGCAGACUACAAAGUAGUGAACCUUGGACAGGGAUUUCCUGACUUCUCCCCUCCCAAAUUCCUCCAGGAUGCUUUUUGUGAAGCUGUGAGUGGAGGACCCCAAAUGCACCAGUAUACCCGAGCUUUUGGCCAUCCUCCUCUAGUAAAAAAUCUUGCUAAAUUCUUCAGUAGGAUUGUGGGACAUGAGAUUGAUCCUCUUGAAGACGUCCUGGUCACAGUUGGAGCUUAUCAGGCUCUCUUCUGUGCAUUUCAGGCUCUGAUUGAUGAAGGGGAUGAGGUCAUAAUUGUUGAACCAUUCUUUGACUGCUACCAGCCAAUGGUGAAGAUGGUUGGAGGAAAGGCAGUCUAUGUACCUCUCAGGCCUAAAGUUGAUGGAAGCACCGUCCAGUCAAGUGCAGACUGGGUUCUUUCUGCUGAGGAGCUGGCCAGUAAAUUCACUCCACGCACAAAAGCCAUCGUUAUCAACACUCCCAAUAACCCACUGGGCAAGGUUUACAAGACUGAAGAACUCCAAAUGAUUGCUGAUCUGUGUAUCAAACAUGAUGCGCUGUGCAUCAGUGAUGAGGUGUACGAGUGGCUGACUUAUGAUGGAAACAAGCAUGUAAAGAUAGCCAGUCUUCCCGGCAUGUGGGAACGAACAGUCACUAUUGGCAGUGGAGGAAAGACCUUCAGUGCUACUGGCUGGAAAGUCGGCUGGGUCAUCAGCUCUGAGCACAUCAUCAAACACUUGAAAACCAUCCAUCAGAACUGUGUUUACCACUGUGCUACAGCUGCUCAGGAGGCAGUCGCUCGUGGAUUUGAGAGAGAAUACGAGCUGUUUGGGACCCCAGAGAGUUACUUCCAGCAGCUGCCUGCAUUGUUGCACCAGAAGAGAGCGAAGCUGGCCUCGUGCCUGGAGAGUGUGGGUUUGCAGCCCAUCAUGCCAGAGGGAGGCUAUUACAUGAUGGCAGACAUCUCCUCUGUCAAGGUGGACAUCAGUGACCAGACCACUAAGGAUGAACCCAAUGACUUUAGAUUUGUUAAGUGGCUAAUUAAAGAGAAGGGUUUAGCAACAAUCCCAGUCUCUGCAUUCUACAGUCCAGAGCACAGGAAGGAGUUUAACAAAUACAUCCGAUUCUGUUUCGUUAAGGAGGAUUCCACCUUGAACGCUGCAGAGGACAUCUUGCGAAAGUGGAGUCAGGAACAGUAAAACCGACCACGAUGCAAAGUAUUACCCGUCCAUAUAGAUCUCUCCAGGCUGCUCUCUGGGUUGCCUCCUCUGUUAAAAUGAGCCAUAUUCAGUGUUUCAGUGUUUCAGUGUGUGCUUAUGGCACAGUCAGGUACUUUUUUUUUUAAAGAUUACUUUUUGGGGCUUUUUUGCUUUUAAUGAACAGGACAGAGUGGAAUGGGGUGAGAGAGAGAGAGUGGGGGACGACAUGCAGCAAAGGGUUGCAAGCCGAGAGUCAAACCUGCGACCGCUGCAGCGAGGCAUCACCUCUAUACAUGGGGCGCCGGCACUAUCCACUACGCUACCGACGCCCCAGGCACAGUCAGGAACUUGAAGACAACGUCCACUUUGUCUACUCAGUUGGUCCUACUGCUGUUGUGAAAACAAUCUUGUACGCAAUGAUUCUUAAGCACUUAACUCUGAAAGGAAAAAAAAUCAAUGUUAUGAUGUCGCAGUAAUCGUUAAAGGAUAUGUUUUUUGUUUAGUUUUUUGUUUUCUUGUAUGAUGUCCUCUUACUGUAUUUCACAAUUUAACUGCAGAUAUUUCCCCUGAAUCAAACUAACAAAAAGUUUAAUAAAGCUUUUAAUAUAUGCACACA